GUGAGGCGCAGUGCGUUGUGGGAAGGUUGAAAGAUGGCGGCGCCCGUGAGGCGGACUAUGUUAAGAGUGGUGAGGGGCUGGCGACGGUUUGAGGGCCCUUGGGCCCAUAGCCUGGGUUCUCGCAACCUGGCUCUUGCGGUCGCACCUUCGAGCAGUAGCUCUCCAUGGCGCCUGUUGGGCGCGUUGUGCCUGCAGAGGCCACCGCUGGUCACAAAGCCGCUGACCCCAUUGCAGCAAGAGAUGGCGGAUCUGCUACAGCAGAUUGAGAUAGAGAGAAGCCUGUAUUCAGACCAUGAGCUUCGUGCUUUGGAUGAAGCCCAACAACUGGCAAAAAAGAAAAGUGACCUUUAUGAAGAGGAAGAUGAGCAGAAUAUAUUGCUGGCACAGGAUUUGGAAGACAUGUGGGAGCAGAAAUUCCUACACUUCAAACUUGGAGCUCGACUAACAGAAGCGGAUGAGAAGGAUGACCGAACCUCACUACACCGGAAGCUUGAUAGGAACCUUAUUCUGUUGGUCAGAGAGAAGCUUGGAGACCAGGAUAUUUGGAUGCUGCCCCAGUCGGAUUGGCAGCCGGGGGAGACCCUCCGCCAAACAGCUGAGCGAACCCUGGCCACACUUUCAGAUGAGGAAGCUAAGACCCAUAGGAGACUCAAGAUUCACCCAACAUCACAAGACACGCUUAUCCAUGGUGCAGGAAUGGGUAGUCUCAGUGCAAGGAGACUCAGGCCUGGAGAAAUGAAGUUGCUUUUUUAUAGAGUUCCACAGCUAAGAAGAACUGGAGUCACAAUGAAUAGAGGCCUGCAGGAAAAUGGAGAGUUUAAACCCCUCUUCCCCUGGUGGAAGGAGCCAGUCAGCUGGUGGGAUGUCCCUGCAUUGUGCUGAAGACCUUGCAAUGCUCCUGUUUUGUGAGGACCCAGGACAUACCUGUUAUUUUGCUGAGAGCUGAUAAAUGAAGAAUGAACCAUCCAUUUCUUCUUUGAUCAAGACGCACUUCAUAACCUUUCCAUCCAAUGACAAUGGCAGCAAGUAUGGGCAUGCUCUGAAAGAUUUAAAUACUCAAUUAAUCAAUGGAAUAUUCCAUUAGUGGGAUAAUCAGUUGCCACUGCCCUGAUCUAUAGUUACAUCUCAGCUGGGCCUCACAAAUUGAUUCCUGAUGAAGUUCUAAUUGACUGGACCAUCUGAUAACGGGCCAGUUGGAGUUUAUUGAAAUAGCCAGUGAGUAGUCCCUGGCGGGGCCUUCCUUAGGGAAAGGCUGGGGUUGGAAGAGGGGCAGAGGAACAUAAUUUAUGCCCAGCUCUCACUAUAUCUUCUCUUGGAUACAGUGUUUAUGAGUCCCGGGUGAGGGGUGAGCGCUCACGGCUGGAGUACUGGAUGAGAAAGCCACUCUGAGCCCAUCCCCUGCCCAUCCCCAUGGUGGCCAGAAUGGGAUUUGCCCAGGAACCCUUGGGGUAAUGAUUUGUGCUUAAGAAUGACUCAAGGAACUUAGAAUGUAGAGUCCCGGACCUUGUAUCAGGCGUUCAGACUAGAAAGGGCCUGGGACAGGACCCAGGAAUCUGCAUUUUGAUAAAUUUCUCAUUGAUCCCAAUACUAGUGCUCUCCAGACCCCCCUUUGAGAAAUACUGCAUUAAGAGCUGGUGGCGUAGAAGCAGACUGUGUAUCCAGGGCUCUGCUUCCCCGGGGAUUCAGUUCCUUAGGCUUUGUGUGUGGGGACAAAUGGGUAAUCGCACUCUCCAAGCCUCCCAACCUCUUCGUUGCCU